UGUAAGAGAGAGAGGAGAGAGAGGACUGCUAAAAAGACUACUCCAGAGCUGAGAGCUGAGAGCUUCAACCACCCACCUUUCCCCUCCUCUCGGCUCGGCUCGGCUCGGCGCUUCUCCCUAAAACUGAACUGAUCAAACCAAUUUCACAGCUCCGAACAACAGCACACCCACACUUUCCCUAUCUCCGCACAAACUGUCUGUAGAUUUGUAUACACAAUCCGUACAUAUACACAUCUCUCUGCCUCUUUCUGUUUAUAUUGUUCAUAGCUGUUUACAUAUACAGACACGCACAUAUUAUAUAUAUAUAUAUAUAUAUACAGAGUAAAGUGUCGGAGUGGAAUGGAGAUGUCUAGUGGGAACCAGACGAAGGAGGGGACAUCGGUGGAUCCGGUGGCGGAGUGGAUGGCGCCGGGCGGCGAGACGGGGCUCGAAGAGCCUAUGUGGCAGUUGACGCUCGGAGGUGGGUCCGAACCAUACCCGGAACGGCCCAACGAGGCAGAUUGCAUUUAUUACCUGAGGACCGGUUUCUGCGGCUACGGCGAUCGCUGUCGGUUUAACCAUCCUUCAGACCGUAGUGCGACACUCCGAGCUAUGAGGUCUAGUGGGGAAGAGUACCCAGAAAGAGUGGGUCAGCCAGUUUGCCAGUACUAUAUGAGGACGGGAAUGUGUAAAUUUGGUGCGUCUUGUAAGUAUCACCAUCCAAGACAGUGGGGUGGUGGUGGAUCUCCUGCUGCUGUGGCACUUAAUAUUUACGGAUGCCCAUUGCGACCGGGUGAAAAAGAAUGUUCAUACUAUGUGAAAACAGGGCAAUGCAAAUUUGGUGUCACCUGUAAAUUUCAUCAUCCGCAGCCUGCUAGCCUUCAACAACUUCCCGCACAAACUGCUGUGCCUGCACCAACACCUAUGGUCCCACCAGCGAUUUACCCAAUAGUGCCAUCUCCUGUUCAAUCAUCUCAACAAUAUGGGGUAUUGCCUGGAAACUGGUCAGUUCCCAGGCCAGUACUGUUUCCAGGUUCAUACGUACCUGGAGCUUAUAGUCCCAUGAUACUCCCCCCUGGUCUGGUUCCGGUUCCAGGGGGUUGGACUGCAUACCAGGCACCCAUUAGUCCAGUUGCCUCUCCUAAUCCUCAAAUCAAUCCUGGAGUUGGAUCAGCUUACAGCUUUACUCAAUUAUCAUCAUCUUCACCUGCCUAUCCAGGAGCCUAUGUAUCUGUUCCAUCUUCUUCCCCCACUCCAUCAAGUAGCCAGAAGGAGUAUGCGCUUCCCCAAAGACCUGGUGAACCCGAAUGCCAACAUUACAUGAGAACAGGAGAUUGUAAGUUUGGAUCUUCAUGCAGAUAUCAUCAUCCCCCAGAAUGGGGUGGAACAAAAACAAGUCUUUUACUUAGCCCCAUGGGUCUUCCACUACGCCCGGGUGCACCGAUUUGUUCUCACUACUCACAAAAUGGAAUAUGCAAUUUCGGGCUUUCCUGCAAGUUUGAUCAUCCCAUGGGAACACUCAAUUACAGCCCGUCUGCAUCGUCCCUUGCCGAUGUACCAACUGCACCUUACCCUUUAAUCGGCACUUCAGCUCUACUGCCUUCCUCAGGGUUGAGACCCGAACCCAUUUCUGGAUCAUCUAACAUCCGGACCCAUAUGAAGAGUGGUCCCACUCCCCGUUCCGGUGCUAAGCAGUCUGGUCAUGCCCAUGGAGGUGAGCUUUCCACAUCAAGCUAAAACCGGGUUCUUCCUGUUUCUUUUUUUGCUCUUCAACAACCCAUGGAGUAUCCUUAUAUAUAUUUGUGUCAUUCAGUCUCUCUUUAGGAAGCUUUCUUGCCUUGGUCAGCACACCUUAGCCAUGGCUAGUAACAUGGGCAAUUGUGUUGUUCCAUUUUGAAUAAAAAAAAAACAGUCUUGAGAAGAUCCCACAACCCUCAACAGAUCCACCCUCUAGCUGGCUAGCUAAGCUUAUGAAUAGCACCAAGCAACCCCACACCCACUUCUGAACAUGAAGAAUUUGGAUCAAUGCUCAUUUUUUUGGAGCAGCCAGCUUUUGUUUAUUUAUGUGCAAGUCUAAUUUCAAAACGAAAAGGAUUUAAUUGCUCCCUGAGAAACUCAAAAGUGUUUAUCUCCGUCUGACUCACUCUCCAGCUCUGGGGUGGCAGGCUACUUACAAUUUGGCUUGGGAAUGUGGGUUUCAAAUUCUCCAGGGUUCUUCCCACCUUUUUUUGUUCCGGAGCUUUGUUGUGCAAAUGAAAAAGAAAAAAAGAAUUGACGAUUAUGAGAAACUGCCAAGCAAGGCAAAUGCAAUGCUGCUACUAUAUUGGGCAAGAUCCAUACUUGUGAUGUAUGAAUUAGUGUUGACUGAUAUAUUUUGUCACUACAUACACAUCUUAUGGGGAAAGUUCUUGGUGUUGUGUAAAAGUUCAUUUUGCACCAUUCAUUUCAAAUUUAGUCAUACAUGACAUCAUUAUUAGGAAAGUCUGAUAGCCAUUACACUUUUAACAGUUUGGAGAUGAGAAAUCUCACACUCCAGGGUCAUAAACUCAUAAUGUGUAGACUUUCAUUUUUAGUUUUUUACUCAUCAUGAAGGUGAAACCAAACCUUAUCUCAAGC